GUGCGCGGUGCCUGUGACAAUGCAGCACUUGUUUGGCGAAUGUUCACCAGGGUAUGGUGAACACACCAAGGAGACUGGAGCGUUUGAGGAGGGAUGGAAAAGGGUCAAGAACACAUCAGCGAUGGAAUCAGCAGCCCCUGGAUGGACCCACGUCCCCAGCGGCUACCCCAGUCUCCCCAUCUACGGUGUGACGACGCACUACUGGGGAGACGGCUUCGGUCUGCACCUGGUAAAAUCAGCAGACGAGAUGCGCAGCAUCCUAGCAGACCUGAAGGCCAACCGUUGGAUCGACAAGCGCACGAGGGUCAUCUUCUUGGAAGCGAUGCUCUACAAUGGAAACGUGGAUCUGUUCACAUCGCUGACGUUGGUGUUCGAAUUGUCCGAGACGGCCGGAGUUUUCUCCCGUCACCACGUGCAGACCUUCCGACUCCAUCAACGGCCGGGGACAAUCGGAUACAUCUAUGUCCUGCUGGAGAUCAUUUACGUCAUCAUUCUCCUCUACUCACUGUGGAAAGAGGCAAAAAAGGCACACGCAGGCGGCUUGGCCUACCUGAAGGGGGCAUGGAAUAUUGUCGAAAUCUUCAACUUUUUCUUGGCUUUCACCGCCAUUGCCUUGUAUGGCUUUAAGGCAGUCUACAGCUCAAGGGCUCUGGCGGCGAUCAAGGAAGGGAAAGAUCAAGUCCACCAUUUCCGAUCUGCGGUGAACAUUAGUCUGGUUUACGGCUGGUUCCUGGCCUUCCUGACAUUUGUCAACAUGAUGAAGUUCCUCCGGCUGUUGAGGUUCAACCCGUUCCUUGCCAAGCUGACGUCUGUGUUCCGAGGGAUGGCGGGGGAGUUCUCUUCCUUCUCUGUGUACCUGUUCCUAUGCAUGUCAGCUUUCUGCUUUUUCGGAUAUCUCAAGUUCGGCCUUAUUGUGACAGAGUACAGCUCCAUCAGCAAGUCCUUCUCCACAUUGUUCCAGAUGUCUCUGGGAAACUUCUACUACUACGAGCUGCGGGAGGCAGCCCCCAUCCUCGGCCCCAUCUUCUUCUUCGCAUUCAUUUGCAUCAUCUUCCUGGCGCUGAUGAACUUUGCCAUGGCGAUCAUCGACAGCGCACUUCCCGAAAUGCGGAACCACGACAUGCCUGAAGAGGACCGGUACUUCAUCCAGGGGCUGUGGGAACGCUUCACGGCCUUCUUCGGCUUCUGGAAAGCACCAGCCGCAGUAUGCAGGAAAAGGACCUCCCGGCAGAGCCUGAGUUUGUGCCGACUGUCAGAGAUGUUCCCGAUGCUGCAGCAGAGGAACUUCAUGCUCGCCACCGCGUCAUCAAGGUCCGCCCUGCCUCCCCAAACAACUGCGCAGACAGCGGCAGCAGUCAAGCUACCCGCUCCGAGAGCAAGGCGCCAGUGGAGGUGGCCUCCAGGUCCCCGAGAAAGGAGGAGGACACCCCAGAAAGCCACCAAGCCAGCCAAGUCAAAAUAAAGUCUAUUCUAUCCAAAGGCGGCAAAAGUGACAAGACGUCAACCAGGAGAGUCCGUUUUGCUCAUGUGGUUCUUGUUCGUCACACCGAACAACGCAAGGUGGAGUGGCCAAGUGUCAAGUUGAGCACUCAUGACA